AUGGGACUGCUGCUCACUAUCCUACUUGGCUUUCUUGCCUCUCUGAUCGGAGGACUUUACCUUCUUGGGGUGUUUCGAAGGCGGCAGCCAGGAGAGCCCCCUUUGGAUAAGGGACUCCUCCCUUGGCUGGGUCAUGUCUUGGAGUUUCGCAGCAACACACUGAAAUUUCUCGAGAGGAUGACGCAAAAGCAUGGCGAUGUAUUCACAGUACAGCUGGGAGGGCUUUAUAUCACAUUCAUUCAGGAUUCUCUAUCGUUUGGACAAUUUGAAAAGGACAGUAGAGAAAAAUUUGACUUCAAGAAGCUUGCAAGGCAUAUUUUAUACAGAGUGUUUGAUUAUGAACCUCAAGAGGAUGUGCAACACAUUGUCCAGAUCUCCAGCAACAAGCAUCUCAAGGGAGAUGGCCUGAAGGUAAUGAUACAAGCUAUGAUGGCUAAUUUACAGAAUCUGAUGAUGCACAGAAUCAAUGCAGUUGCAGACAAAAGCAACUGGAUAGAGGAUGGACUCUUUAUGUACAGCUGCAAUAUCAAUUUUGGGGCCGGCUACUUGUCUAUGUUUGGCAAUACAGCACCUGAGUCAGAGGGAAGUGAAGAGAAAGCGAAAGAGAAAGAUAGAGCUGAGAUGGAGACCUUAUUCUAUGAGUGGCGUAAAUAUGACCAUCUCUUCCCUGACGAGAUCCUCAAAUUGCAAACACCGAAAGACAAAUUUGAGACAAAGAGGCUGAAGGAACUUUUCUGGAACGCUCUGUCAGUGAAGAAGCUGAAGAACAAGGACAACCUGAGCCGUUGGAUAUGGGACAUACAGCAGUUUAGAAAUGAUAUGGGUAUGAAGGAGUCAAUGAUUGACAGGUACAUGUUUGUGCUUCUUUGGGCAUCUCAGGGUAAUCCAGGGCCCGCCUCCUUCUGGCUGCUCUUCUUUCUCAUGAAACACCCAGAGGCCAUGGCAGCAGUAAAGGAAGAGGUAGAUAGGGUUGUGAAGGAAUCAGGACAGGAAGUCCGACGUGGUGGUCCUUUAGUCGACCUGACUAAUGACAUGCUGAAUAAGGCAUCCAUCCUGGACAGUGCUGUGGAAGAGAGUCUCCGACUCACUGCUGCACCCCUCCUCCCCAGAGAUGUGCUUCAGGACACGACUUUCAAGAUGGCAGAUGGUCGUGAAUAUUUCAUUCGCAAAGGUGACCAAGUGGCAAUAUUCCCUUACAGUGCAGUUCAAAUGGACCCAGAGAUCCACCCUGACCCAUGUUCAUUCAAAUAUGACCGCUUUCUCAAUCCAGACGGGAGCAAGAAAACAGAUUUCUACAAGCAGGGGAAGAAGAUGAAGUACUACAACAUGCCCUUUGGUAGUGGUAUCUCAAUGUGUCCUGGGCGUUUCUAUGCCUGGAGUCAGAUUAAGCAGUUUGUCUUCCUCAUGUUGGUCUACUUUGAGUUUGAGCUGAAGAAUCCAGAUGAGAAGAUACCUGAGUUUACCAGAUUGGGCAUUGGCUCCAUGCAGCCUGCGAAUGACGUUCAAUUUCAAUACAGAUUCAGACAAUAAAACAGCGUCUUAUUUCUCGCAUUCUUAACGCUUAUAGUUGAUAAUUAGGAAACAAAAAGAUUCAUGAGUGAAGUUUUAUCUUUGAUGUGAUGAUGUGAUACCAAAUGAGUGAUCAGCUCAUAAUGGGUGUGGGUUUCAUAUGCUAUUUACUCUAUAUACACUUAUA